AUGGCCGAACUUGUUCCGUAUAUAGUUUGGGAGAAGCAAGAAGGUUACUUAUGUGCUCAACACUGCAUAAAUUCUCUUCUACAAGGGGAAUAUUUCACGGCCGUGGAUUUAGGUGAAAUUGCCAACAAUUUGGACAUGGCCGAGCAAGCUGCGUUGCGAGAAGGAACCGUCGAUUUAAACGAGAACUUACACAAUGAGAUUCCACAAAAAAGUCAAAAUAUGGAUGAUUCCGGAUUCUUUUCGCUGCAAGUACUUAGUCACGCGUUAAAAGUUUGGAAUCUUGGUAAAUACACGUUUCUCAUAGUUGCUAUUAUGUGUAUAACUAUUAAUGUAAACUAUGGAAAUAAUCACGAAACAGAGUUGAUUCCUAUUGGCUCCGAAGAGGGCCGUAACUCGAGGGAUCUUCCAGAAAAUGAAAUCGCAUACAUAUGUAACCUUGCCGAGCAUUGGUUUACUCUUCGAAGAUUUGGCGGGAACGCUUCGCGCUGGUACAAUUUGGAUUCUCUAUUAAGUGGACCCAAGUUUAUUAGCCAAACUUAUCUGGGAAUGUUGCUCAGUCAACUUGAAAAUGAAGGUAAAAUGGGUGGGGUCAAGAUGUAUCGAGCAUAUCAAGCUGACGAAUUUGCCGUGAUCCUUCCCGAUCCUAGCACACAACAUUCUCAGAGUUCACAUAAUAUAGAUUUCGACGCGGAUCUCGAGGCGGCCAUCGCGGAAAGUUUGAAAUUUAAUGAAAUUGGUGGCUCGGUUACUACAGAGAAUUCGAAAUCGACAGCUGAUGCAGAUAACGAUUCGGCUAAGACUAUUACGGAGAAUUCAACAGUAAAGGAAAAUAGUGACCCGACCCUAAUGGGGAAUUCAAACUCAACAGUGGAAGAAGCUAUCAACCCUGUCACUAAGAAAGAGAUUUGCGAUCCUGUUUCCACGGAGAAUUCAACGGUGAAAGAAAUCAGUGAUCCGGUCAACGCUGGGAAUUCGACAACAAAAGAGAAAACUGCCGAGAAUGAACUGUCUCUCAACGAUUUGAGAGCAAGAAGACUGGCAAAAUUUGGAGGAUGA